AUGGAUAAAGAUAACGUUGGAUGCCUCGUAUGGCCUGUGUGCGCGGCGCCCCACAAAGCUUGUGUUUCCCAAGAACCCUGGUGCCGUUUGUUAUAUGACAUUCGUCUCUCCUCUCACCCCUGCCAAUGCCCAUUUCACAUGGCUUCAUGCAUAUACGGUAGAUGGCUCGCUGCCGUUGGGAAGGGAAUUGGCUUUUGUUGA